UUGAGGAGUGACAACUUCCCAUGGCGGGUGCUUCUCAUCUGUUUGCCCCUCUCCCUCCCCGGUUCUGUGGACGGUAGAUGGACCUCCGCUGCACGGAGCUCACAACCGGUUACCGUUUUACCGCCAGGAAGAACCCGACGGACCGCCAACUCCCGCGACGUUUGGCAGGAUAUUCAAGGACAUUUUAAACGUUACCAUAGCUACUUCGGCCUUUUUUCUGUCGGUUCAGGAAAUCCAGCGUGUGGUUCUCCGGUGCAACGAUGGGGCCAUAUUUUGUAAACACUGGCAGAAAGGGCGGCUGAUAGCGUGUUAACACACUCCGGAUGAUGAUGUGUGUGUCAUCUCUACAUGUCGUACCCACACCCCUUCCUCUGCUGAAGGGCCAUCACAUGCACACGGCGACGUAAAGGAAAUUAGCUGCUGACUUUCGAUGCGUUCAUCUCAAUCAUGGCAUCGUUUCCAAAACUCAUCUAGUGGAGCUGAAAGAACACCGUGUUACAGGUGAAAGUAGUGACCCCCUUACAAACGCGGAGAAAAGGCUGGGGAACUUUUGCUUUUCCGGGUGUGUGUUUAAUCUGGAGGUGCAUCAGCUGCAGGAACCGUCAAUGUGGUCUUCAGCUGGUGAUUUGACAAGUCACCUAUAGGAUCCCCUCCGAGUCUCUCCUGUCUCCUCUCCCCCUCCCUUCCCUCUGCCCCUCCCUCCCCCCUUCCCUUGUCAAUCUUCUCCCCGAUCCCUCUAUCCCCCUCCUCCAAAAUUCACCAUGCUUAUCAAGGAGUACCGCAUCCCCAUGCCCAUGAGUGUGGAGGAGUACCGCAUCGCUCAGCUCUACAUGAUCCAGAAAAAGAGCCGAGAAGAGAGCUGUGGUGAGGGCAGCGGGGUGGAGAUCCUGGAGAAUAAACCCUACACAGAUGGGCCGGGUGGGACGGGCCAGUACACCCACAAAGUUUACCACAUUGGCAUGCACAUUCCCAGCUGGUUCCGCUCCAUAUUGCCCAAAGCAGCACUGAGGGUGGAAGAGGAGUCCUGGAACGCCUACCCUUACACCCGCACCAGAUACACUUGCCCCUUUGUUGAGAAGUUCUCCAUUGACAUUGAGACCUACUACAAACCAGACACAGGCAACCAAGCCGAUGUCUUCAACAUGUCUGCAGUAGAAAGGAGGCAGAGGAGUAUUGACCCAAUUGACAUAGUGACAGAUCCCAUCCCCCCCCAUGAGUACAAAGCAGAGGAGGACACACGGCUCUACCACUCAGCCAAGACCCAGAGGGGUCCUCUGCUGGACGACUGGAUAGAAGAGUACAACAACAACCCAGGGAUGAGCCCCAUCAUGUGUGCCUACAAACUCUGCAAGGUGGAGUUUCGCUACUGGGGCAUGCAGUCAAAGAUCGAGCGCUUCAUCCAUGAUGUUGGACUGAGGAAGGUGAUGGCGCGCGCCCACCGGCAGGCCUGGUGCUGGCAGGACGAGUGGUACGGUCUGACGAUGGAGGACAUCCGGCAGCUGGAGCUGGAGACACAGCUGGCCCUCGCCACCAAGAUGGCCCAGUUCAGUCAGGCUGAGGAGGCCGCCGAGGCCAACGGGGGGGCGCCGUCUCCAGACAAAGAGCAGGAGGCUAAAGAGGCCAUCAGCUCCAUCGAAGCGGAGGAGGUGGUGGUGAGCUCAGGAGGAGAGACUCUGCAGCCCCGAGGCGUUCUCACCAAGCAGUGGUCCACUUCCUCCAGAUCCUCCCGCUCAUCCAAGAGAGGAGUGAGCCCAUCACGUCACAGCAUCUCAGAGUGGAGGAUGCAGAGCAUAGCGCGAGACUCCGAAGACAGCUCGGACGAGGAGUUCUUCGACGCUUAUGAGGAUCUGUCAGACAACGAAGACGCCCUGCCGAAGGAAAUCACCAAGUGGAACUCCAACGACCUCAUGGACAAGAUUGACGCUGCAGACUCAGAGGAAACUCCUGGUGAGCUGUUCAAGGAAAUGACAGUGGAUUAUGAAAGAGCAACCAGUGAGGAAAGACUAGACGAGGAGAGCUCGUCAGCACAGUGUCUGCAGCCUUCCAAGAUCCACGUGCUGAUCCUGGUUCUGCACGGAGGAAACAUCCUGGAUACGGGCGGAGGCGACCAGAACAGCAAGCAGGCCGACGUCAACACCAUCAGCACGGCGUUCGAGGCAGUGAUGCGCCUUCACUACCCCGCUGCGCUGGGACGCAUCGCCAUCCGCCUGGUGCCCUGCCCGGCCAUCUGCGCCGAGGCCUUCUCCCUGGUGUCCAACCUGAGCCCAUACAGCUACGAUGAGGGCUGUCUGUCCAGCAGCCAGGACCACAUCCCACUGGCAGCGCUCCCCCUCCUCGCCACCUCCGCCCCGCAGUACCAGGACGCCAUGGCCACCGUCAUCGUCAGGGCCAACCAGGUGUACUCAGACUUCUUAAAGUCUCUGGAAGGGGCAGCCUUCUCCGGCCAGGUUUGCCUGAUUGGAGACUGUGUGGGAGGGAUCUUAGGUUUUGAUGCACUUUGCAGCAGCAACCAGACGGUGAACGAGAGCCAGAACAGCAGCCGCAGGGGCAGCCUCGUCAGUGUGCAGGACCAGGACCUCCUCUCUCCCGGCAUCAUUGUGAACAGCGUGCAAGGCUCGGCCUCUCCCACCCUGGAGAGCAGCCGCCACCUGAGCCGGAGCAACAUCGACAUCCCUCGGUCCGGCUCAGGAGACGACGCCAAGAGACAACUGCCCCGCAAGAGGAGCGACUCCUCCACCUACGAGCUGGACACCAUAAAACAGCACCAUGCCUUCCUCACCAGCUUACACUCCAGUGUUCUGCGGAGUGAUGCGGUGUCGCGCAGGUCGAGCAGCAGCACGAUGCUGGAUGGCAGCUCUCUGGGGAGGUUCGACUUCGAGGUGUCCGACUUUUUCCUGUUCGGCUCUCCACUGGGCUUGGUCCUCGCCCUGAGGAAGACCGUCAUUCCUAUGCUGGAUGUGGCCCAGCUGCGUCCCGCCUGUCAGCAGGUCUACAACCUGUUCCACCCGGCGGAUCCUUCGGCCUCCCGCCUGGAGCCUCUGCUGGAGAGGAAGUUCCACCUGCUGCCUCCCUUCAACGUGCCCCGCUACCAGCGCUUCCCCCUGGGAGACGGAAACUCUGCCCUCCUGGUGGAGACAGUCCAGAGCAACGCUCAGCUGCUGCUUGACAGCGGGCCUCCCUUGUUGUCCCUUCGCUGUCAGGAGACCAUCAGUGAGACCUGCAUCCCUGUGCCGAUGCUAAACUGGCAGGAGGGCUGCCUCAAAGCCACACCCGCCACUAUGGAGUCGGAUGUUGUUCAGUCUCAUGGUGGUGUCUUCAUGGACAGUUCGUACCCCUCAUCCCCCGUAACGGGCCCCCUCUCCCGGGGCCAGCGGAGGGCCAGUGAGGUCAGCAUGGCCAGCCAGGUCUCAGGAAUGGCAGACAGUUACACUGCCACCAACAUAGCCAACACCAAAUCAUGCCAAAUUAACCAAUCCAAAAUAAUUGGCCUUUUGUCCCAACUCGCGCUUUCAUCACAAAACAAAUUGUUCCUGAGAAGUCCUCCAAAUUCCCGUAAGAAAGUGGAGUCUGGCGAUGCCGCAGGGUCUCCUGACGCAGAUCUAGCGUCAGAGCAGGACAGUGAGGCCGACAGUAGUGAAAGUAUAAAUCCCACCGGCAAGUACGAGAACUGCCUCUCACCCGGACUGGACUUUGCUAUAUCUGACCUGGUCUCACUGGACUCCCAGGCUGAAGUGGACCAAGUGGCGGCACGUUGGUGGGGCACGAAGCGGCUGGACUUCGCCCUGUACUGCCCCGACGCCCUGACUGCUUUCCCCACCGUGGCUUUACCGCAUCUCUUCCACGCAUCGUACUGGGAGUCCACUGAUGUUGUGUCUUUCCUCCUGAGACAGGUCAUGAGGCAUGAAAACUCCAGCAUCCUGGAGCUCGACGGGAAAGAAGUGACAGAAUUCACCCCCUCUAAACCCCGGGAGAAGUGGCUCCGCAAGAGGACUCACGUGAAGAUCAGGAACGUGACUGCCAACCACCGUGCGGUUGACCUCCAUCAGAACCCGCCUCCCUCAGGUAGAUGGAUUUACUUCGACCAGAGGACCAACAGUAGUGGCCGUGUGCUAUUUGUCGUCCCGGAUGACAAACCAACCUGCGCCCGCAGCGUCUUGCUCUGCUACCGGCACCCCCUCAACACGACUCUAUUCGGUCGGUGCCUGGGCGUUGAAUGGAGGUUCCUGGGGACGAAGACGUUCAUCACAGAGGGGUAUGCGGCUCAUCUGUCCCAGCUGGAGUACAGCCACCGCUCUCGACCCGCUAAGUCCAGCACGGCGCGCAUGGUGCUACGUAAGGGAAGCUUCGGCCUGGGCGCUAACAGCGACUUCCUGCGAAAGAGGAAGCACCUGCUGCGCACCAUCUCCUCGCAGCCGGCCCCCAGCUCCCCGACGGGCAGCGUCCACAGCCGGCCCGAACGCACCCAGAGCCAAUCGGACGGCGAGCGGCUGGAGAGCGCUCACAGCUACGGGCCGGGGGGAGCGCAACGCAGCAUGAGCAUCACCGCCAACUGCUGGGGGCGCAGCAGCAGCACCAAGAUGGAGCCCGCCAUCCUCAGCCCCAAGUGACACUGAGAGGGGGUCAUAAUACAGGAGGAAGACUAAUGCAAAGACUGAGGAACACUGGGGUUGGAGACGGGUCAAUGCCACAAUGAACACAAUAUGUGCUACAAACCACUGUUUAUGACCUAAUGCCAGUCACACUCUACACAGAUAUUUAUGAACAGAGGCUUUAUUUAUUACACAACACACACACACAACUCAACAGGCAUUUCAAGGAGCAACUUCCUGAAACAGGGACAAACACAAAAGACUUACCGCUUAUAUUGUUCAGAUCCAGACUGUUUCUACUCUCGAUUUAUCAGUCUAUUAAAGUCUGUACAACAGGCUUUUAGACUGAAGAUGGUUACAGAUACAAGCACCCCAAUGCUGUAUUCUAGCAAACAAGACAAAGUGGUUACAGACAGCCUGUAUCAGGUGUCAGUGCUGAUACUGUAACCAACUACUGCCACAGCAAGCACAGCAAUUCAUAUAGAGAUCAACUUUGUGCUUAAUAGUUUUAAAGAUAUGUUGUUUUUAAUGUGAUAAUCAGAUAUGUUCACGUCUGGGAGCAGAGCUGAGAAUCAGGCAAAACUGGAUUGAAUGUCUGACCAAACACAUCCAAUCAUUAAGCCAACACUUUUAGGAAGACCAUUUUUUUUUUUAAAUCUCUUUUGCUGUGUAAGCCAACGUGAAAUCAUUGAAUCAACUUGUUGCAUUUAUAAGCAGUCCAGUUUUGCUUGUUUUCUGGCUGCCCCUCAGACCAAAGAACCAUCGAAAUAACUCAUGAAGCCAAACUGCGAAAUGACCCUUUAACUACGGCUGCAGCUGAAACCUUUCCUGGGAUUUUAUAACAUUUCACCACAUCUCGACCACGCCGCUGCUGAACCUUCGGAAAUGUGCGACUCAGCACUUGUACGGUUAAACGUGCCAAAGCGAACCGUGUAGAACGAUAUGCUGCACACGAACAGAGAGGAAACGAUUAAGGUGUACAAAUGGAUUGUGUAAGUAUGUAUUUGAAUGGCUUGUACAUAUUGCUUUACUACAGUGCAGAUCUGGUAUCUGGGCCACUGAAGACCAGCUUCAAGUGUCUUCUUUACUCCGGGGGGGGGAACACCUUCUCAUUCAGGAUUCACUUCAAUGAUGAUAGUUGUUGUUAUUUAUGAUUAUGGAUAUUUUAAACAUGUAUUGAUUUUGUGAACCAAGUGUGUUUUUAGAUUACUUUUAGCUACGUUGUGUUUUUAUCUUUCAUUCUUAAAUAGUUCGGUUGCAGCAGCCAAAACUCAGAGGUCUUUGCCUGGCAGUGGCACAGUAUUUUUAUUAUUUCAUCCUGCAGAUCACGAGAACAGAAUCAACAGAACUGCCAUCUUGUGUCAUAUAUUGUAUGUUAAUUAUACUUUUUGGAUAUUUGGAAUAUGGCUUUUCUCUGGUUAUCCCUAAGCUGUAAAUGAGGCGUUGAAUGUGCUCUUAGGUAAUCCUCCUUAGGUUCUGCUGCGCCGUUAGAGGGAGAAGCUAAUUGUAAAUUCUGUACAAUACGCUGUCAGGAGUAGGAACACAGAACUCAGACUGUGUCACGCUGUUCACCUUUUAUUUCCGAAACACAUUUGUGAUUUAUUCAUUCAAAUGACGGUUAUUUUCCCCUCAAAUAGACCAGUAGAGAGCUGACUGCGAUGGACCAAUAUGGACUCAAACGUAAGGGAAACGUGCAAUAUUUCUCAACCACAAGACCAAACAGACUGUGUUGAGGAAGUGUCGCAACGCAUUGACAAUCAGAUCAACAGGCACAUAUUCUAUAGAGAUUACAUUGCAGAGGGAAUCUGAACACAUAUGAGCAGCACUCAACAAAUGCAUAGGCACAUUUAUAGUGUGUCAAAAUAAGUAAAAAAGUGCCACUGAUCUGAGAAAAGUAUGAAAUGUUACAGUAGGUUUUCUACUGUGGACUGACAUCCUCAAUCUCAACGUUGACUUUUAAGUCAACUACAUUUAAAAGUGACCCAGAAAUCAAUGUUUUACCCUCUGAAAAGAAUUAGCCCUUAACAAAUCCUUUGAAUAUUUUAACUGUUAUUGAAAGGAUCGAGUUCAUGGUGGGUUUGGGGGGCUGCUGGAUUGUAUAGUGUUAUACUGGGGGGUGUUUCUAGUAUUUUGUCUACCCCUUUAUAUCAAGGAGGAGAGACGGGGUUAGAUAACUCAGAGUAGAUCUCAACGCAUAAGAAGGAAGGACGUUAUUACAAACUGUCGGCUGCAGAUUGAAGGACGGCUGUUUGAUCAUUGGGGAAAAACAUGCACUUGUCUAAAGUUGGAAACUACUGAACCAUACGUCCUUCCUGAGAGAACGUGUAGAGGGAUCAGGGCGUUUCCUCUGGGCAGACGUUAGCUGAGUUUCUACUAACUCCCACACGAUCAGAGGCCUUACACUUCCCUCUUCUGCCUUACAUGUGUUGCGAGGCCUCGACUGAACGCUGCUCACUCCCAAAUUGACUCGAUGGAAAAGAAUAGACUGUUUGUCGAACAGACAUUUUUUCCUCAAAAUGCUUUGGCUUGUUUUUACUUUAAAGGAAAUAUUUCAGCAACCUGUCUCAAGCUAUGUUCCCCGGGUUAAUCCGACGCCACCAGUUACAUCCGUUAGCAUUCAUAGGCUGUACAUACAUAUGCAACAUACCUUGGUAAAGAUGUCAUUGUACAGGGUGUGUAUCUUGUAGAUUUUUGGAUAACUUCAUUGUAUCCAUUCCCUUGUGUUUUUAUGUACAGUGUAUACAGAACAUAAAAAGAUCAACUCAGUCA